CCGCCAAACCUUUCUCCUUUUCUUUACAAAAAUUUCUCUAUUUUUCUUCGUUAACGCUUUGCCAAUGGCGGACUCGAGAUCAACCUACACUCAGGUUCAAAAUCCAUCUUCUACGGUUAAAAUGUCAGGAGUUUGUAUGAUGAGCAACACAUGGAGAGAUGAACAACACCCAUCUUUCAUCAAUUUCAUCUCCUCCUUCCUCACUGCAAAUUCUUUCAGGCUAAACUUUGUCCCAAUUGCCCCUGACUUUAUUUUCAAUUGUGGGGGCUUGUCCGUGGCAUUUAUUUUUGUGACUAAAUGGGACUCUCAUAAUGUAGCACCUGUUUUCGGAAGAGCAAAGAAACUCAAGGGGAUGUUUGCUAAUCUUUAUGUGGUUGUCACCCUUCCAACCAGGGAGCAAAAUGAUUCUUUUGUUCACGCUUACUUUGAGUACGCAAUGGAGCUAGGAAGACCACCAUUUGUGCCAGUUCAAGACUUGGAGAUGGGAUUUGAGAAGAUUGUUAAGAUAGCUCAUUCUUGUGGGGUUUGCAAACAACAUGAGGCCAAAUCAAAAUUCAAGAAUGAGAGGAAGCAAUCAGUGCAGGGGAUGGAUAACUUCCUUAGAGUGGUCACUUCUAUACCAGGCAUUGAUAACCAUGAUGCAAAUACGUUAAAUCAAGCCAUUGGUUCAAUUGAGGCCAUUGGUAAAGCAUCAAAGGAAGACAUUCUAGAAAGCACAGACCUUUCUGCUGACAAGGCUGAAACGAUUACUCGAUUUUUCAGAGAUCCAAAGUUUUAUUUGAGUCCCAAAAUCAUUUGAGGGAGAAAUUUUUUUAGCGUUAAUUUGAUUCUUGGAAUUUAUAGAAUAGUCACCAAAAAUUCAAUCGAGAUGGUUGUCUGCAAAUUCGCCGUAGGUUUCCAUGUAACUUUUAACAUUGAAAUUCAUGCUCAGUGAUUUUUGAACCUUCUCACGAACCACUCGGAGUAAAAUUCAAAUAAAUUU